AUGACGCAGACAACACUGAGAACACUGAUGAAACAGAUGACACUGACGACACUGAGAGCACUGAUGACGCAGACGACACUGAUGACAGAUGACACUGACGACACUGAUGAAACAGAUGACACUGACGACACUGAUGAAACAGAUGACACAGACGACACUGAGAACACUGAUGAAACAGAUGACACUGACGACACUGAGAACGACACUGAUGAAACAGAUGACACAGACAACACUGAGAACACUGAUGAAACAGAUGACACUGACGACACUGAUGAAACAGAUGUCGUAGACAACACUGAGAACACUGAUGAAAAAGAUAACACAGACGACACUGAUGAAACAGAUGACACAGACAACACUGAGAACACUGAUGAAACAGGUGACACUGACGACACUGAUGAAACAGAUGACACAGACGACAUACACGACUCUACAUAA